GUGCGCCCAACCACCCCAUUCUUAUCCAGCGUCCUCUCUCCAGAACUCCAGAUCCGUUCAUCGCCGGCUUCCGGCCGUCGCUGCCGGCCUCUCCACUGAGCGCUGCUGUCCGUGGAGGAGGAUUAGGAAGACGGCCAUGGAGGCACUGCAAUGGAUUCUCUCGGCCGGGACCAACUCCUUCGAAGCGAUCCAACUGAACAACGAGCUGGAGCGCCUCCGAGACACCUUGCCCAAGGCUCGCGUGCUCAUCUGUCGCGGCGAGUGGGGCAUGUUCAAGGACAAGGAGCUGGCGUAUCUUGUCUCGCGUCUCAAGGACGCCACCUACGACGCGGAGGAUCUUCUCCGCGAGCUGGAUGACCAGGUGUUGCGGAAGAGAAUAGAGGACGCCGACCGGAGCAGAGCAGGUCAACUGUUAUCUUCCUCUCUUAAUCUUGCAAAAACUUUGGUCCGCCGUAGCAAAACAAGGAUUAGGGAGACACAAGAUAGGCUUGAAAAGGUUCUGGCUGAGAUCGAGUGGAUGCUGAAUCAUAUGGGUCUUAUGAGUGUUGAGCUAUCGCAGAACAUGCCGGAGACAAGUUCGGUCAUCAGCGCUCCGGAAGUUGUUGGUCGUGACGGUGAACGAGAUGCUUUGAUCGAGAUGCUUGGUGUGAUGAUUGGGCGUGAGGUCCAACAGGAUCAGGUGAUCAAACUAUUGGGAGUGCCACUCGCUGGGAACAGAGGUUGUACUGGUAGAACUGCAGGGUCUAAUGGGAAGAGAGCAGCAGCAAGCAAUGGUGUUGCAUCUACAUCCAGAGCCAAGCAACCAAAAGGAAACGGUGGCAGGGCUGGACUUGCUGAAACUAACUGCACCAACAAUGUUUCUGUCAUCUCGAUUGUCGGCAUUGGCGGGCUGGGGAAGACUACCCUGGCUCAGUUCAUCUAUAAUGAUCCAAGGGUGAAACACUACUUUGGUGUCAUGAUAUGGGUAUGUGUCUCAGACUUCUUUGACAAGAGAAGGAUAACAAAGGAGAUCAUUGAAUCCAUCCCUGGUGAGGAAUACAACUCAUCAAGCAGUCUAAAUGCUCUUCAAAUUGAAUUGAUGAAGCGGCUGAAGAUGUGCCCAAAAUUCCUUUUGGUGUUGGAUGACAUUUGGCCGAACGCUAAUGCUGAUUGGGAGGCGUUUUAUGCACCAUUGAAGUAUGGUCCUGAAGGCAGCAUGAUCUUAGUGACUACAAGAUCUCCAGUGGUUGCUACUCGUGUCACCACAAGCAACUGUAAGCCUGUCCCACUUGAAGGAUUGCCUACUGGUAUAUUUUUGGACUUCUUCAAAAAGUGUGCAUUUGGUACAAAUGACCAAGAGUCAUAUCCUCUAUUGCAAGAUAUUGCUCGGAGCAUUUCUACUAGGUUGUGUGGGUCGCCUUUGGCAGCAAAAACACUGGGACGCUUGUUGAAUAUGAGCCUGACAGAACGACACUGGAGGGCUAUCCAGAAGAGUGAACUGUGGGAAUUACAGCAUGAAGAGAAUGAGAUAUUACCAGCCCUUCAACUGAGCUAUUUGUAUCUUCGAGAAGAGGUUAAGAGAUGUUUUGUAUUUUGCUCCAUGUUUCCGAAAGAUUAUAGCUUUGAAAGAGAUGAGAUAGUUGACAUUUGGGUGGCACAGGGCUUUGUGGCGCCAGGGGGAAGCAUACGUCCUGAAGAUGUGGGGAUUACUUACUUGGAUGAAUUGAGGAACCGAUUUCUUUUCCAAACUGAUCCGAAGUUCCCAAAUGAAACAAGAUACGUAAUGCACGAUCUGAUCCAUGAUAUGGCAGUGUCCUUUUCUAUGGAUGAAUGCUUGGUGAUGCAAGAUUUAAGAAACCAGAACAAGAGCAGAAUGCAGAAUACAGUUCGUCACAUGUCAAUCGAGGUGGAUGGUGAAUCCUUGACCAGAAUGGGAGACAUUCAACAUUUGAAUAAAUUGCACUCACUUAGGUUUGGAAUCAGAUUUGAUGUUGAAAUAACCUGGUUUAAUCAACUUUCCAACAUUCUAUUUUUGAGCCUAAAAGGUUGCAAGCUGGUAAAGCUACCCGAUAGCAUAUGUGAGUUGAAUAGUCUUCGUUAUCUUGAUAUAUCUUGUAGCACUGUGCGAGAAUUACCCGGGAAACUCUGGUGCCUCUACAGCCUACAAGUUCUUGAUGCAAGACUUUCAGGUCUGAAAGAAAUUCAUCGGGACGUAACAAAGCUAAUCAACUUGCGUCAGCUAGCACUGCCACCACGAGCCUCUCAAGCCUUGUCAACGGUAAGUGGGCUUGGAAAUCUGUCUUGUCUACGAAACUUGAUCGAGUUUAGAGUUUCAAAACAGAACGGGCGGGGAAUUGGUGAGCUGAAGUUCAUGAAUCAGCUUAGUGGAAAGCUUUCUAUCAGUUAUCUUACUAAUGCCUGGAGCGAGGAAGAGGCUGCUGAGGCUAGACUUGUUGAAAAGCAAUACCUCAAGGAACUUGUUCUACAUUUUCGACCUUAUUAUGCUAUUUUGGCGCGCAGUGAUAAUGGAGUGCUUGAAGGCUUGCGUCCUCAUUCAAGAAUUGAAUGCCUUAAAGUCCAUGGCUUUUGUGGUGAUAGGUUUCCAAGCUGGUUUAAGCCAGAAGACCUACCAAAUUUAAGAAGCCUGGAUCUUGCCUAUUUUGGUGACAUCGAAAGUUUAUCAAUUCCCUGCUUUGCUGACGGAACACAAGUUGGUUUAAGGGGUGAUGAUGGAACGCAGCAUGCAGCCGGCAGCAUCAGUCGCAGCAAUGGCAUUGCGCCCUUUGCCUUUUCACGCCUCACUGAUUUACGUGUUUCCGAUUGCAAGAAUCUGACAAAUCUUGAUCAGUUCUUGACCCCAGAGAAACUGCCAUCCAUCAAGUCGAUAGCACUUCAGAAUUGUUGUAGUCUAACAUCAAUACCGUUCCACAGUUUUGUGGGAUUUGUUUGCCUACGGGACCUGAUAAUCUAUAAUUCUAUGAAGCUGGAGUGCCCACAGGAAAUGGUUUUGCCCCCCUCACUCCAGCGACUCUGCAUAGUGGACUGCGGUGAGCUGGACAGGUCAUUUCCUGCCUGCCUAGAGAACCUCACCUCUCUCACCCUCCUGCAGUUGGGUAGUUGUCACAGCAUCAAGUGCAUCUCAUUGAACUCGAUUGGCUCAAACAUGCUGAAAUGCCUGGUUAUACGUAACUGCCGGGAGUUGUCAUCCAUCGGAGGAUUGCAAGGCCUUGUAUCCAUACAGCAUGUCGAGCUACGUCACUGCCCUAAGCUUACCGAGGUACAACUGCCCUUCGAGAAGAAGGAACUGCGGACCAAGGAGGGGGAGGAACUGCUCGAUUUUCUUUGGCACUACUGACUCUUUAUGCUCGCCUUGGUCACCUAUGCCUGUAUGGGUGCAGUGCUCGCAGUCUGCCCAUUGUGACAGCGGCAAAUUAAGGGUCUUCCAGAUGACUGGGUGGAUCUCAAGUUGCAAGUGGCAGUCAAGACCAGGCUUGUAGGGAUACUAAUGGCCAUCGUGCCUGCGCUUAUUAAGGCUUUGAUUCAAGGACGACAAGUGGUUGUUGCCCCUUUCAAGACGGAAUCAACGUCUGUGAUGGUUAGUUGCGACAAGUGAUGGAGCUGUGGGCCGACCAGCCCCGGCUCCAGUUCUACACGGGCAACUUCCUCAAGGGCGGCGCCGUCUACGCCAAGCACGGCGGGCUACAAGUUCUCGCUCAAAAAAUAGCCGCGGGAUUGUAAUUGUAUCGUCUGGAUGUGGGGUGCGUGCUAGGCUGCGACUGCGAGUAAUAAAGAGUUCUUGAAAGUUGAAACUUGAUCGUGUGUAAUUUAAGCAAGCAGUGCAGGCUUCGCCUCUGUCUAGCUCAGGAGCUGCAGCAAAGAUGUGUAUGGCUAGUUUGCUUGCGAUGUGUGCUAGCAAGGAGGCGCAGGAAUAAUGGAGUACAGAUGCAUGUGUGGAUUCAUUCUUGAUUCCAGUGGUACAUUGUAAAAAGAUUACAUUAAUUGCAGGUGCAUUACAAAUAAAAUCCUGUCAUGAUA